UUGGCUCCGCCCACAGGGGUAUAAGGGAUUUGUCCAACGGCAAACAACCAAUGAGAUUAAAGAAUUUUACAUGAAGGCGAGAUAAUAAGGUUUAAUAUAUUUAUCUCCUUAUGGUACUGUAGAAAGGACACACUACAACUUAGAAAAUAAUUAACGAGUUACGAGGAAUUAUGAAUUAUCUGUCCCGAGUGAAUGAAUGUUGUAAACCCGAGUUGGUUAUUCUCUUUAUUACCCAUUGUCGAUUUUAACCGAUUCUUAAUGUAAAAUUCUUCUGGGCCCGGUUGUUCGAAACCAGGGUUAACUUAAUCACUGAUUAACGCUAACUAUGAGUUAAAUUCCUUAACCCAGGGUUGGCUAAUCACUGGUUAAAAAUCCGUUGCUGAAACACACUUUUGACUCUGGGUUAGCAAACCCAGGGUUAGUUUUCACUAACCCAGGGUUAAUUGCAAUUGACCAAUGAAUGCAAAGUAAACAACUUCCCAUAAUUCUAUUCUUUAUUUACUUCUGUAAAAUUUGUUCGUCUGCUAGGUCAUUUUUUAAGAGUUAAUUAAUUACACAAUGAAUAGCAAACGCAAUCCGAAUUUUGAUAUUCGCGAAGUCUCUGUUAUCGUGGACUAUGUGGCACAACAUAUAGAAACAUUAAUGGCGAAAUUGACUAACAGUGUUACAAACGAAAGAAAACAAAAGCUGUGGACUACGCCGACAGCUGAACUGAACUCUUUGGGUAUCGCACUAAGAAACCCGACACAGGUGAAAGAGAAAUGGAGAAAUUUGUACGCGGCAGCAAAAAAAAACAGAAUGCCGAGAGAAUUAAGUGUACGCGUUUGACAGGUGGGGGACCCGCCCCCAAAGAACUGUCGCCAGUGACGGCGAAAAUCGUCGACAUUUUUGCGGAUGACCCCAGCUUCAUUGGGCUUCCAGACGGUCUGGAGACCAUCAUUGGUCCCAUCGAAAAGUCAUUGACUAAUGAACAAAAGAGUGUUGAUGAAGAAGUGGAAGAAGACAUUAGUGGUUCAGCCGGAGCCGAAACGUCACAAAAUAUGGAAAACCCCAGAAAAAGGAAAUAUUCUUUGAUGAAAUCCGGUGGACAACAUAAUGAUGUUGAUCAUUUGAAGAAAACAAGAACAGGAAUGCCUGGAGAUGAGCUUAAAAAUUUGCAGAUGGCUGUUCUUAAAGAGGAAUUGCCAAAAAUAAAAGAAGAGAGAGAACUUAUCCAGUUGCAGAAAACAAAGCUGCAGCUGCAAAUUAAUUUUAUAAAAGGACAUCAAAGUCCAUAAUACAUGUUUGACUUGUGCAUGGAACAGUAGUCAUUGUACAUCCGUCUUUAGACCGGCGUGUAAUAAUUGGAUGAUGUUCCAUUGUGUUUUGUAUGGCUCAUUAGCCAGCCUGUCUUUGAUUUUUUUUUUAAAUAAGUUAGUAGCAUUUAAAAAUACUUAGUGACAUCACCCAUGUUGUUUUGUUAUUGACAAAAUUACACAAGCAGGAAACUGAAAGUAGUUAAUAUCCUCUGAAUGGAGUAAACAUCUUUGUUGCAUAUAACACAUGGAAGUAUGUAAGGGACAUUAGUCUUAAACUGUGCAAUAUGGUAUGUAUUGUACAACUACAUUUAAACAAACAAACUGUAAAUGCGAUAAAAUUAAUCAUUAAGUGAUAUGAAUUGCACAGUAAUUUUAUGAAACAGUUUAGAAAAAUGUGUUUGCAAUAUGUGCACGGACAAGAUGACCAUUUUCUGGUCCAACAUAAUUGUCGAUGAUGGAAUCAUCUUCAGUGACAUCAUCAUCCAUAGGCUCGUUGUGGUCUAAAGCAAUGUUGUGAAGAACCGCACAUGCAACAAUGAUCCUACACACUCUUUGGGGGUUCAUCCUAAUUUCAUUAUGUAAACAUCCAAAUCUGCGCUUCCACCUACCAAAGGUUCUCUCAAUUACAUUUCUGGAACUUUUAUGGCAGACAUUGUAUAUUACUUGCUUUCGUGUAGUUGGGUGCAAGAAUGGAGUCAUGAGAUAUGGGCUGCAAGCAUACCCACUGCCUCCUGAAACAGAUUAAUAUACAUUUAGUAGUGAGCUAAAAAUAUUCCUAUUUAUUAUUCAUUUAGCUAAAUGUUUCUACAAAUGUAUAGAAGUAAGUUGUUUCAAAAUGCUUUUUAUAUUGUAACCACUUCAUGGAGCACCAGGGUACAGUAUUUUAAAAUCUAAGGUAACCUGUAAUCGGUUGAACACAGGAUUUUGCCUAGGCAACCGAUUGUUUGGUUGCAUGAAUUAUAUUUGUGUACAUUAUUCAGUUACAGUAUGUUAAAUAUGCAUUGAAUUUACAGUUUAAUGACAGUAUUUUCUUAAGUUUGAACAUAAUGAAAUAGAAAUAUUUUAUAGCAAUUCAUUAAAGAACAGUUUCUUUGAUAGGCCUACUUCACGGUUCGCCUGAAUUUAAAUUUACAUAACCAACACAUCAUGUGCAUGUCAACAUGAAUGAAAUAUUCAUCAGUUGGUUUUAAGUAUAAAUGACAGUUAACAAGAAAUUUACCCCCAAAACAAACCCAUUUCCAUUAUGGUAUUAGUUUUAAUAAGUCACCACUAAUAUUUGCUAGUAUUUGAGGCAUCUGUUUUGAAACACUAAUUUAUUCUAUAUGUAAAAUUUGUAUGUAUCUUAAAUUUGUUUCAAAGUUUAAAAUAUUUGCAUAUUAUUAUGAAAAUAAAACUAUUAUUAGAAUAUUACAUUGAAUGUAAUUAAACUUAAGUAUAGUUGUUUGUUACAUUACUUACCUAGUAUAACUCCAUCAUCUAAACUGAAAGGUCUUGUCUCUAAGUAUGUGCAUACUGAUGACGUUCUGAAUACAUGGCUGUGGUGGGUGGAUCCUGGCCAUUUGGCAACUAUGUUGGUGA